AACUUUCCGGAGGCAGCGGGCGCCAAUGGCCUACGCGAGACGAUAGAGAAGUGAAGUCUAACCACUUCUGUAUUUGAACAUACUGUAGUCACCGUGACACUGGAGCGCUGCGUCUGAAGCACCAUGCAACGCAGAGCGACAGUGUCAGGGCCCGAGUGGGUUCGGAAAUGCGCCAUGUUUUGGCGAGCAGUGAGCCUGACAGAUAUGUCUGGUAACUUUCCCUUGUUGAAGCAGCUGGCAUUGCCGGCUCGGAGCACCGAUAAUCUGGACAGUUCCGGGGAGCCCACCACCCGGUCAGUGGGCACCACUGCCAACCUGAAGGGGAAAAUGACCAAACGGUUGUCCAUUGUGAAAGGCCACUUCCCCAAGCUUGUUGACUGUGCCCACUUCCACUAUGAGACCGUUGAGUUUGGAUCCAUUGAGCUGCGGUUUGCCAGCGAGCAGAGUGAUGCCAGCUGGGCGAUGGGCUCUGCCAGGGACCUGGUCUUCCUGGUGCAGGUGUCCUGCCAGGGUAAGACGUGGAUGGUGCGUCGCUCGUACGAGGAGUUCCGCACGCUGGACGCUCACCUGCACCAGUGCAUCUACGACCGGCGCUACUCCCAGCUGCUGCCCCUUCCUGCGCUCAGCGAGAUCGGGGAGCGCGUGGAGAUCUUCACCCCUCUGCUGUCUGAGUACCUGAGCCGCCUCUCCAUGAUCGUGGACAACAAGCUCAACUGUGGGCCUGUGCUCACCUGGAUGGAGAUCGACAACCGCGGGAACCGGUUCCUGCUGAAGGAGGAGGCCUCUCUCAACGUCCCCGCCAUCGCCGCCGCACACGUGACCAAGCGCUACACGGCGCAGGCCAGCGACGAGAUCUCCAUCGAGGUGGGAGACAUCCUGUCGGUGAUUGACAUGCCGCCUAAGGAGGACACCAGCUGGUGGAGAGGGAAACAUGGCUUCCAGGUUGGGUUCUUCCCCAGCGAGUGCGUGGAGCUGAUAAACGAGCGAGUGUCACAGUCUGUCAGCGCCCCCUCAGCGAAGCUCGAUGGAGACCCUGUGGGCGGGGCCAAACCGUGCACGGUCAGCGUGACUGGACCCCCCUCUCCUUCCUCAGUGUCCAAGAAGCACGGCAAGCUGAUGGGCUUCCUGCGCACCUUCAUGAAGUCGCGGCCCAGCAAGCAGAAGCUGAAGCAGCGGGGCAUCCUGAGGGAGCGGGUGUUCGGCUGCGACCUGGGGGAGCACCUGCUCAACUCCGGACACGACGUCCCGCAGGUCCUGAGGAGCUGCUCCGAGUUCAUCGAGAAGUACGGCAUCGUGGACGGGAUCUACCGGCACUCCGGCGUGUCCUCCAACAUCCAGAAGCUCAGGCACGAGUUUGACAGUGAGAAUGUUCCGGACCUGACCAGGGACACGUACAUGCAGGACAUCCACUGCGUGGGGUCUCUGUGCAAGCUCUACUUCCGCGAGCUGCCCAACCCCCUCCUCACCUACCAGCUCUACGACAAGUUUGCAGACUGCAUGGAGGAGAUGACAGAGGACGAGCGCAUGGUGAAGGUCCAUGAUGUCAUCCAGCAGCUUCCUCCUCCGCACUACAGGACUCUGGAGUACCUGAUGAAGCACCUGUCCAGACUGGCGUCCUUUAGUGGAGAGACCAACAUGCACAUCAAGAACCUGGCCAUCGUGUGGGCGCCCAACCUGCUCAGGUCCACGGAGAUCGAGGUAGUGGGGCUGAGUGGGGCUGACCCGUUUAAGGAGGUGCGGAUCCAGUCGGUGGUGGUGGAGUUCCUGCUCAGCAACGUGGAGGUCCUGUUCAGCGACUCCUUCACCUCCGUGGGCCGUUUCAACACCGACCGCCGCUCCCUGACCAGGCCUAAGUCCUUUGUGUCGACCCGGCUGCUGUCCCUGGAGGAGGCCCAGGCGCGGACGCAGGCUCCCCUCCUCCUGCAGGGGGCGCCCCUCUCCUUCCAGGGGAAAUUCCACACCGUCCUGGACCUUCCCCCCGACAGGAGGAAGAGGGGGAUGAAGGUGCGGAAGUCAGCGGGUGGGAGCUGGAAAACGUUUUUCGCCAUCGGAAAGCCUGCCGGGUCGGGCCGUCGCAAACCAAUGAGGAUCAGCUCACUGUUCCAGCCAACCACGUCCCACGCUGGUUGUCGGGUGGAUAGCGUUACGUUGCGCUCGGCUAAGAGCGAGGAGUCUUUGUCGUCCCAGCACAGCGGUGCAGGUCAGUGCAAGCUGCAGAGGCUGCGCAGGCCCCGCUCCAGCAGCGACGGCUUGGCUCUGGCCGCCUCCAUGGAGCCGCAGCUGCUCCCCCCGAGCCGCUCCUACGACAGCCUCCUCCCGGAGGAGGCGCGCGACCGCGAGGAGGAGCAGGACGAGGAGGAGGAGGAGGACGAGGAAGACGAGGAGGCCGUGUACAUGCUCCCGGACUUCUCCCAGGACCCCGCCUCUGCCUGGAUGUCGGAGGACGUCAUCGACUUCAGCCCCACCUUCCUGGAGGACGGGCCAAUCGGGCUGGGCGGGGGCGGAGGGGGCGGGGCCAGCGGGGGCAGGGAGUCCCCGCCCACUGCCACGCCCCCUCCCUACCGCUGCGUGGGCCACCAAAGCCACGCCCACACGCGCUCCCACAGCCAGCGCUCCAUGACCGAGGACCCGGACUCCGUGCUCAACCAAUCGGAGGCGGCGGCGAGGCGGAGCCUGAUCCUGGCGGCCGCGGCGCCGCCCGUGCAGGUGUACUGCCAGCACCGCCCGCCCGCCGCCAACGCCGAGCCCAACGCCAGCCCCGCCCACGGCCAGCCCCCCGCCUCCCAGCCCCCGCCCGAGCGCCGCUCCUUCACCCGCAAGGUGGUGCACGCCCUCUCCCCCAAGGCCCCCAAAUCUCCGCCCCUGGACAUCUCCGACCCCAUCGCCAUCAGCGUGCCCGCCAAGGUGCUGGAGAUGAUUGGCGGGCGUGCGGGCGAAUUGCAGCCCGGGACCCAGGGCACAAGCUCCUCCCAGCCGCCGCAGAUGAUCUCCAUGCUGCUGAGGUCAUGUGACUUCCAGCUGACCGAGAGCUGCCAGCAGGAGAUCCGCAGCAAGCUGGGCCCUGACCCCAAGGUCAAAGGAUUCAUGCUGCCCACUGGCCCCUCCCUCCCGUCCCAGCAGCCCCCUCCACCCCCGCCCAAGAACCCCGCCCGCCUCAUGGCCCUGGCGCUGGCGGAGAGCGCCAACAAGGCCCUCCGGCAGGGGGCCUCGCCCCCCUACCGGCCCCCCCUGCCCAAGCCCCAGGAGCCCCUGGAGUCCCGCUUCAUGAGGUCCGUCUCCGUGGACGCGGGCGAGGUGCUCUCCGGCUCCUCCCCCGCCGACGCCAGCCAGCUCUACUCCACGGUGCGCCCCCUGUCUGUGUGGAUGUCUGAGGGCCAGAGCAACGGCAACGCCGCCAUCGCCACCGCGAGCGAGGGAGGGGAGCAGCAGAGUGGGCGGAGUCCGGGCCAUGACACGGGCACGCUCUCCUCUGACUCCUCGGUGUCGGACUCGGGCGGGUCCAACUCGGAGGCCACGCCCAGCAGCUCCUCCGGGGACUCGGACUCCGCGUCCAGCCCCGUCUACAAGAACCAGGAGGAGCCCCUGGCCCCGCCCCCCCCGCAGGCCCCGCCCCCCGCCCGGCCCGGCCCGCCCCCGUUCCCCGAGGAGCCGGAGUCCCCCGCCCAGAGGAAGCCCCCGGCCUACUCCCGCCAGUUCUCCGCCCCCCACCUCCAGCAGAAGGGGGCGCCGCAGAGCCGGUCUCCGCCGCACCCCCAGCUCCUGCACUCCAAAUCCGAGUGCUCCCCGCUGGCCCAGGUGCGGCCCAAGGUGCCCCCCAAACCCGCGGAGCAGGCGCCCCCCCGCGCCCCCCUGUCCCGCGCCGAUAACUACAUGCGGCGCUCGCUGGACGCCGCGCGCGUCCGACGCCUCAUCACGCAGUCCCAGAGCGGCCCCCCCGGGGGCCCGCCCAACCCGCCCCUGUCCCGCGCCUUCUCCGAGCGCCUGAGCGGGGCGUCCGGGUACCGGCUGCCCCCGCCCCAGCCCGCCCAGAUCCGGCCCGUCCCCACGGAGGACCAGGGCAAGGCCGAGAACUUCUACUACGAGAUUUCGGGGCCCGAGCACCCGCAGGCCCCGCCCAGCUACGCCUGGCACAGCUACCAGAACAUGCGGCUGGAGGCCGAGGGCAACUACCGCCCGUCCCACAGCGAGGCGGGCCAGCGGCCCCUGUCCCGGAGCCAGCACCCACCGCACCCCCACCCGCACCCGCACCCCCACGCCCACCCGCACCCGCUCCACGCCCAGGGCGCCAUGCUGCCCCGCGCCCCCCAGCUGUGGUCCUCGGAGGCCACGCGAGCUUGGGCGGCUGCCCACUCCCACUCCCACUCCUUCUCCCACGGCCACGGCCACGCCCACCCGCACCCCCACCCCCAAACGCAUCGCCAGGCCUCGUCCUCGGUGCGCCUGUCCCGCAGCGACAUGCACCCCGUCCUGAUGGGCAGCCCCCCGGUCCCCUCCGCCCUGCCGCUCUCCGUUCACAAGCCCCAGCGGGGCGGGUCCGGCCACGCCCCCCACCGCUCCCCGUCUGCCGACCCGUCCGCCGCCCAGCUGCACCCCUACUUCGAGAACGGCAAGGUGUGCUACCGCUACUUCGAGGCGUCCCGGGCUGUGGAGGACCAGCCCCCCCUCCCGCGGCCCUCCGCCCAUCCGCCGCACCCCCACCACAAGCCCUCCUCUUCCUCCUCGCCCCCCCCGCCGCCCCCCAAACAGCCCCCGCCCCCCCGGCCCCAGGACCGGCCCGAGCCCAUCUACGUCAACUUCCCCUUCGCCGCCCCCCCGGCACCCGCCAAAACCUGGCUCACCACCGACCUGGACGGCGACGCCCAGCAGACGUCCCAGCCCCCGGCCCCGCCCCCGGACCCGCCCCCCGAGGCGGAGCCGCCGUCGCCCGUCCCGGAGGAGCAGGGGAGCCCGCGGGGGCCCGAACCCGGCGGGUACCAGAGCCCGCCCCGCGCCGACGCCGCCAAAGACGCGCCCGUCGCCACGGCGACGCACUACCGCAGCCGCUCGGACCCCAGCUCGGCUGGGGCGGGGCCCGGCCUGACGGGGAAGGAGAUCGCCUCCCUGCUGAUCGAGAGGCUGGCGGAGGACGAGGGGGACGACGGCGCCUGCGCCGUCACCUCCUCCUCCGCCUCCUCCUCCCCCCUGCUGGAGCAGCCGCCCAACCCCUACCCCAGCCAGCACCCGCACCCCCACCAGCCCGCCUACAACGUGUACACCCCCGGGCCGUCCCGCAGCCCGGCCGGCCCGCCCCGCGCGGGGAGCUUCCACCGGCAGGACCCCCUGCGCCGCUCCGCCUCCUCCUCCGGCACGCAGUACCGCCAGGCCUUCGACGUCAUGCCGUCCGGCGACCACGUCCUCAAGUUCUACCGCCCCCAGGACUUCGCCCCCGGCCCCCUGGGGGAGAGCCCCAACCCCUACCCCGGCCGGCCCCUGUACCAGGACCCCCCCUACCCCAGCCGCAGCCCCCAGGGCGGCCCCUCCCACGUGAUGCUGCCGGCCCCGCGGGGGUUCGGGGGCCAUGCGGGGGGCUUCCAGGCGGCGCCCCCGCCCCAGUACGGCCAGUACCAGUUCCAGUCCGUCCCCGUGCUGUCCCAGUACCCCGGCACGCCCCACAGGGAGGGGGCGCUGCGUCCGCCCCCCCUCCAGAACCAGCGGGGGCUCACCCGCCAGGGCAGCCUGCCGGGCCCCAACUGGACCAUCCACACCGAGGGCCAGACCCGCAGCUACUGCUGAGAGGGGCGGGUAUGUGGGCGGAGCCACUGCCUGUGUGGGCGGAGCCACUCCCUGUGGGCGGAGCCACUGCCUGUGUGGGCUGAGCCACUGCCUGUGUGUGUGCGAAAGGGACAAGCGUUAGAGAGAGGAGGGAGAAAUGGACUGGGGUUCAUCCAAGGCUGACACGAGAGAGAGAGAGAGAGAGAGAGAGUGCCGGGGAUGGGAGAGUGAAGAACCUGCAAUUGGACUAUAGAGGCAAGCUGCAAAUCUUUAACCCCCAACCCCCCCCCCCCCCCACCACCAAACACACCCUCUCCGAAACACACCCACCAGUGCCCCAACUUACCACCCUUAAUACUGGAACUGUGGACAAAGGACGGUGCACAGAGACAAUAAAGGAUUAAAGCACGGAACCGAAAAGUGGCUUAGAUUUGCAAACAUUCCAGAGCAGAUAAACGUGCUAGCUGAGAGAGAGAGAGAGAGAGAGAGAGAGAGAGAGAGAGAGAUGAAUAGCUGCUAUACUUUUUUAUUGAGUAUCACAGGUAUUCUGCGCAAUAGGAUAUUUGUCUGUACUUGAUUCUAGCCUUUGUUUCACCAGUUUGGUUCGUCUUGUGCAACAUGUCGCAAGACAGACAGCGAUGUACUUUAAACAAGCGUUUCUUUUCAAAACCAGAAAAGCUGCUGAUGUUUUAAUGGACUGGGAAGCUUCUUUGUCAUUUUGUCAUUUGCAGAAUUCAAUGACGUGCAGAAAAACGUGACACUGUUCGUCUUUAUUUUAAUUACUUCUGCAUUUUUAUUUAUUUUGUUUUAUUUUUAAUUUUUCGUUUUUUUUUUUUUUUGAAAGAAGUGUUUCGAGUUCUUGUUUUUCUUUUGACAGUGUUAUUGAGUGUGCGUCCGUGUGUGUGUGUGUGUGUGUGUGUGUCUAACAAAUUUUUGUCUGCAAAAAACGAGAAGCACAUUUUACAGAAAAAAGGAAAUGAGUAACAGAAGAGUAACCAUAAACACUGCCUUGUGUUGAGGGGACAGCAUUUCUUGACGGUACUCUGUCCUCUCCUGGCCCCUUGCUCUGUCAGCGGGAGCCUUCAGCCAAUGAGAGCGCGGCAUGGUUGACGUGUUCGUUUGUCUUAAUCAAAUGCAUCUUAUCCUUGAAGGAUGUUUUUUUUUUUUUUUCUUCCCCCCUUUCUUAUUUGUAAUAAUUCUAACAUGCUUUAUCCAAAGCACUGUCCUGUACAUAUUUAUCUUAGAAUCACUUGUACUGUUCCGUUGUUUUUGCUUUUCUUGUUCCACAGGAGCCAUUUGGGGUGUUGGGAACACAGCUGUAAACGGCACUGUGACGAUGCGAUACACGCCCACUUUUGGGAUUAACCAAUGACCUGAGUGACGCCCCCCCCCCCCCCCUUGUGCUCCCCAUGAGAGGACUAAAUAGCUGUGAUGUGGUUUGACCACAGUGUUUAUGAGGACAUUAGGUGUUAGCUGGGGUGGGUGGUCAUGGGCAUAGAGCCUGCAGUCUGCCCAUGUUGUUCCUGCUGCAGCUGUGGUAUCUUCCCCCAGGGGAAGGCAAAGCGAGGGACAGUACCAGUAGUGUGCAGCAGG